ACGACAGUAAUUGGUUGUUUUGUAGCCAGUCGUGCCUAGUUCUACUGAAGGCGGUGAAGUCUUUGCAUUGCCGGUUGAGUAGUAGUGUGCGGAGUAUUGUUCUAAAUACCUACAGUGUAAAAUAGCAAAACAAUCAAGAUGGUGAUGACGUUGGGUUAUUGGAAUAUUCGUGGGCUGGCCCAGCCAAUCCGUCUACUUUCGGAAUAUACCGGGACAGCCUAUGAGGAAAAACUUUAUAGUUGUGGAGAAGCCCCAGAUUAUGACAAAAGCUGCUGGUUUGAUGAGAAAGAGAAGCUGGACUUGGACUUCCCCAAUCUUCCUUACCUGAUAGAUGGAGAGAACAAACUUACCCAGAGCAACGCAAUUAUGAGGUACAUCGCUCGGAAGCACAAUCUGUGUGGUGAUACUGAAAAGGAAAAGAUGCGAGUGGAUAUGUUAGAGAGCCAAGCUGUGGACUUCAGAAAUCGCUUUACAAUGACAUGCUACAGUGCUGAUUUUGAGAAGCUUAAAUCUGGUUACCUAGAGAAUCUUCCUGUUGAACUGGAGAAGUUUUCAAAAUUCCUUGGAGACAGGAAGUGGUUUGCUGGUGAUAAGAUCACUUUUCCUGAUUUCUUGAUGUAUGAAAUAUUGGACCAACAUCGUAUGUUUGAACCAAAGUGCCUAGAUAACUACAAAAAUCUCAAGGACUUUUUAGACCAUUUUGAGAGUCAAGAAAAGAUUGCAUCUUACUUGAAGUCUGACCGUUUUAUUAAAACGCCAGUGAACAACAAGAUGGCUAAAUGGGGUAACAAGAAAGAUUAAAGCGUGAACAGUGGAGUCUUGUGAAGCACUGGCAGUGCAAUACUGCUCUUUCUAGAUGUACCACGUGUGGACUGGUGGCUUAUUUCACUGCCACUUUGAUGCACUAAAACAUACCGUCUUAAACAUAAAGCUUGUUAUUGAGAUAAAUGAGCACUUAAUGUACUAUAGUACCAAAAAAAAGUACUAUAAAAUGCCCUGUUUUGCUUACAACUCUCUUGCCUUUUCAGUAAAUAAAAUGCACUUUGUAUUG